AUCCAUUGGAUCCUAGUGAUCUAGUGAGUUAUCGAUCCUUUGGGACUGAGCGAUCGGCGACAGCCGAUCUUGAGAUCCCACCACCUUUCUUUCCUCCAGUCACCAGUACUAUCUCUCAUCGUCCACUAUGGCCAUCUUCCACUUGAUUCACGAGCAUCCACCCAAUUCAUUCAAAUAUCUGGGAUGUGUUCGAGAUAUUGCACAAAAUCUCCAACAAACCGCUGUCCGUCUCAUCUAUUCGCAUCCCAAGUUUAAGCAGUGCACCUCGUCAGUUAUAACAGGCCUUGAAAUUUAUGAGUGUUUGGAACCAAUGCCGACAGGGGUGGGGCCGACGCGACGGAUGUUGGAAGAUGUUGCCAAAAACCCCUUGGACUCAGACAAGGUCAAAUUAAUAUUAGAGCAGGCAACGCAGUGUGAGGACCUCAUGGUGGUUUUCAGUAAGUUGCUCAGGUCACCGGAGUUCGGAUCCUCGUUUGGCCGAUACGAAUGGACGGCACACCCAUGGGAUUCGCCGAAAGGGCUUUAUGACUAUGUCAGCUCCGUUGUCACUCCUCGCUUGGGCAGCGAGGAGAUUCUUCGGGCGCUUUCUUUGUAUCAGGUAUGCAGCGUUCAAACUCUAAUGCAUUUUCCGUGACCGUUUUGCAGAUGCCGGAUGAGGAUUACGUUAAGUUGCAAGAGGCGGGAAAGCUGGAACCCAUUCAGCUGCGAAAGA